AUGAGCCCACCUAGCCUAUCAGCGGCGGGCGACCUCGACGUCCACGGUGACAUGGCAUCAACGCCUCCACCACCGUCAUCAACGUCGUACCAUACCAACGACGUCGCCUCCACUACCUCCGUCACGCUCACUAAAGAGCAAUUCGACGAGCUGAUCAGGAACCAGCGCCCCGCACGGGACGACGACGCAUUAUCCAUGCGUCAGCGCCUACCCCCAGCCAACCCUCCGGUCUUCCCCGACGACUCGAAACUUACGGAGGACAAUUACGUUGACUGGGUCCCCACGAUGCCGCCAUGCCCGCCCUCUUGGGCUGGAUUCAACGCUCGGACGAAUCGAGCGACGGUCCCCGUUGCGAAGGCGGUCGUACCGACCAAACGCUCUGCACCAGGCAAGAAGGGAAAAUGGGAUCGUUCUGGUCCUGCCCCGAGCAAGUGCCCCGCUUGUGGUCAAGGCAAACACUGGCUCGACAAGUGUCCGGAAUCGCGCAAGCGAGCCAAGUACCUCGAGCUCAAGAACGCCAUGAAGGAACUCCAAGGCUCAUCAUCGCCUGCGUCCACGUUCGUGGCCACCGAGGCAGCAUCCAAGGAUCAACACCUGUCCGUCGUUUCUUCUGCUACGUUUGUCAACAUCGGGCCACCGGCGGAAAUCCUUCUGCUAGACUCGGCGUCGGCGUGCCACGUCGUCAACGAUGCGUCCUUCUUUGACGGCCCCCUUUCGCCUACCCCGCAAGUCCUGCAAGGUCUAGGGGGAACGGUGAAGGCCUCGGGAAUCGGCUCGGUCAAGCUCGUCUCCGAUAAUGGUACCAGGUUCACCCUCAACGACGUGAUCUACGCCCCCGAGAGCCCUGCCAACCUCAUCUCAGUCCGGGCCUUCGACCGCAAAGGCGUUCGCAUCACCUUCGAACACGGACAAGUCGAGCUCCGCACGCCGCAAGGGUGCAUCGCCACAGCAUCAGCCAUCGCGUCCUGCGUUUACAAACUCAACGCUUCGGUCCAAGCUGCCAGCAAAGAUGCGCGACACACCCUCGUUGCCACCAAGUCCAAUAGGCUACCUUUACUUACCCUUCACCGGCGCUACGGCCACGCCUCUGUCCAGACACUUAAAAAACUGGCGGCCUCUGGCCAGGUGGAGGGUUUAGAUUGGCCCUAUAGUGACUUCGAGUGUGAUGGCUUCACCUGCAACGCGUGCCUUGCCUCCAAAGCGCAUCGUUUGCCUUUCCCCUCUUCGUCGUCGCAUGCCGCGGAACCACUCGCAUUGGUGCACUCGGACGUCUUAUCUUUCCCCGAGGAAUCCUUAGGCCAUAAGCGAUACCUCGUCACGUUCAUCGACGACUUCUCGAGGAAGACUUGGGUUUACACUAUCGGGCACAAGAGCGAGGUCCUUCAGACAUUCAAGGAUUGGCUUCUGGAGAUCGAAAACGCCACGGGUCGCAGGGUCAAAACACUUCGCUCGGACAACGGGGGCGAGUAUGUCUCUACCGCUUUCAACGGCUAUUGCGUGGCCCGCGGAAUUCAUCGCGAAUUGACCAUACCGUACACACCCGAGCAAAACGGUCGGGCUGAGCGAGCCAACCGGUCGAUCGUCGAGGGCACCCUGGCUCUACUGUCUCACUCGGGACUCCCACGAUCGUGCUGGGACGAGGCUGCCAUGUGUUACAUUCACGCCAAGAACCUCUCGCCUCACGCGGCCCUUGGUGGAGCCAUCCCAAACAGUCGUUGGUCGGGCCACACACCAAGCGUAGGGGGUCUUCGGGCACUCGGUUGUCGCGCUUGGACCACCGUGCCGGCUCACCGACGGGACAAGCUCGACCCAAAAGGGAUUCCUCUGGUCUUCGUCGGGUACGAUCGACACGCGAAAGCCUACCGUCUUCUCGAUCCUUCCUCCAUGCGUGUGAGUCUGGGCCGCAAUGUGACGUUCGUAGAAACCGAGUUCCCCUUCGCUAUCGCGCCCACCCGAGUGACGCAGCCGUCCAUCCCGGGUUACGCCCCCCAGCCCCCACCCGUCGAAGCUCCAACACCCGUCGAGCCUCCCCCACGGCCACCGGCCCCAACGCCUGUCGAGGCACCCGCGUCGCCCGCAUCGACCAGCUCGGCCGACAACGACGACGCCUCAUCGACCACGAGCGCAACGACGGAGUCAGCCGUGAACCUGCCGCAACCACCUCCGGAUCCAGCUCCACUCGCCAAAGUCAAGCCGAGUUGGGAGUACGGCGACGUCGCCAAGGUUGGUCCCGAUCCAGGGAAGUACGGUGAAGUCGACGCUCGAAACAUCAUUGAUGGCCCCCGGACUCGCCGCCAACCCGUUCCCACCAUGAUCACGCGGGAACAGCCAGUCGACGGCACCGACGGACCCACCGCCUCUUUCAAGAGCCUGCUCCUUGCCUUCGCAUCCACCAAGGCCGGCUUCGCAGAUCAUGACUUGUCGGUUGUUCGCGAUCCGGCAAAUUGGGGCGACGUCAUCCGAUCGGGACAAGAGGACGUUUGGGGCGCUCCGGCACAGGAUGAAUUCGAUUCGCUUCUGAACGAUUACGAGGUCUUUCAAAUCGUCGAAUCCUGUGAGCUCCCAGCGGGUGAGAUCCUCCUGCGGUCGGGCUGGGUGUUCCGGACUAAACACAACCAGCAUGGCGACAUCACCGAUCACAAGGCCCGACUUGUUGCUCACGGAUGUGCCCAACGCCCUGGCCUUGACUUCGAGAAGACCUACGCCCCUGUCGUCAAAUUCACGUCCAUUCGAGCCCUCAUCGCACUCGCCGCGGCCAACGGCUAUCACGUCCAUCAGGCCGACGUCAACAAGGCGUAUUUACACGGCAAACUUGACAAGCCUCUCUACAUGCGCGUCCCUCAGGGCAUAAACCUGCCAGGCAAGAUCCUCAAGCUGUCCAAAUCCAUCUACGGCCUUCGCCAGGCCGGCACCAUUUGGAACGCUGAGAUCGACUCGACUCUGCGGUCCCUCGGAUACGUCCCCACCAGGUCUGACAUCUGUAUCUACCGCCGCGAACACGACGGGCACUCACACUAUAUUGCCUUGUACGUCGACGACUUGCUUUUGGUUGGUCCCUCUACCGCCGAAAUCGAGCGGGUGCUGGACGCGCUGGAACUCGCAUACGGCAUCAAACGUCUCGGACCUGCCGAAUAUAUUCUAGGCAUCCAAGUCAAACGUGGACAAGACGGCUCUAUCACGCUCUCACAAGAGCGCUACCUUCGGGACAUCCUUGCCAGGUUCCAAUUCACCGAUGCCAAGCCGGCAAGUAUUCCAAUGCAGCCAGGUGUCGUCCUUGACUUCGAGGACUUGGCGGCCACUCCUCAGGAUCGUACGCGCUACUUGCAGGCCAUCGGUUCGUUGAUGUACGCCGCAGUUGGAACUCGUCCGGACCUCGCCUUCGUGGUCAGCUACCUCGCUCGCUUCUCCCAGCAGCCUGGCCCGGAGCAUUGGACAGCCAUCAAGCAGGUCCUCCGUUACAUCAAAGGCACGCUGGACUUGGGCCUCACCUAUCGCAAGACCAGCCAACCACUCCGUGGCUACUCGGAUGCGAACUGGGGAGCCUGUCUAACGACCUCACGAUCGACCAUGGGCUACGCGUUCAUCUUGUCCGGAGCCGCUAUUGCUUGGUGCUCCAAACGCGAGCACAGGGUGGCCAAGUCCACUACCGACGCAGAGUACCUCUCUCUUUCGUACACAAGCGGUGAUGCCAUCCACCUGAGCGAACUCCUGGCUGAACUUGGCGCUCCGGUCUCCGGUCCAGUCGUACUCUACGGGGACAACCAAGGUUCGCUGGCUCUUGCGCAGCACCCAACCAACCAUCAGGGGUCUCGUCAUGUUCGCAUCUCGGAACAUUACGUCCGCGAGAGGGUAGCUGAGAAGGAGAUCGAGGUCCGCUACAUCGCCACCGGCGACAUGAUUGCCGAUAUUUUCACCAAAGCCUUGGGUCCCAAGCCGUUCAUCUUCCAUCGGGAGAAUUUGGGUUUGCGAGGUGCAGUGGUAUGA